CAUUUGCUGGUCCAGCCCAAAGUUCUGAAGGCAGCAUGCGGGGUGGGUGAGCCUGUUAGUGAGACAUGCUGGGGCAGACGUUGCAUACAGUGUGCACGGUGUUUGUCAGUUGGCUCAGUGCUUAACUGCAAACGUGGAAAAAAAACAAAGCCUGGAUCUAUCUUCUCACAUCUGCAUGUUGGAGACAUACUCCAGAAGUCUGAAAUUGCCUCCAGCUUGUGUGCAUCUGCCCCCAGACCUAGCCUUAUCUGGGAUCCUGCAGCUGUCUUUGGAAAGCAUUGCACGGAGAUUCUAAGUAUGUGCAUUCACAAGUUAGAUCUGCCUCUGGAGCAGUGAGUAAACUGACUUGGAGAACUUCUUUUAUCACUUGCUCAGAUCCGCCUUCUAGAACUUAACGCCAACAAGCUAAGCCGGUCAUGUUAAAUACUGCUCUUCACUACUCCAUUCACAUGCUUGGACCCUGCUGCUGAUCACUUACCUGCGCUGAUCGUGUGUCCCUGUGUGGCCCAAAGAGAUGAGGUGACCUACAUCUGCUUACAUUUGGUGCUAAACACAUCAUUGCCCCAGAGGGUGUUCCUGCCUGCUUUAUAAUCUCAGUCAUGGAGAACUGUGUCCCCUCUGCUGUCCAAGCUCAGGAGGACCCUGGAGGGUGCAUGCGGGAUCAGCCAUGGUCAGGAAUGGAUCAGCAGCUCACCCUGUCAGCAGGACCUGUGCCGGACACCCCUAUAGAGUGUGCUCAGUUCCUGGGCAAACAGAGGUCACUUCGGGUAGUUUAUGUCCUCAAUGACAGCCUGAAAUCAGCCCAGGGGGGCAGCCCGGAGGCUGGAGCCCUGCAGUGUCUGCGCCGGGCAUGCGAGGGGGAGAGCGCCCAGUUCAGCAGCGUUAACUUCGGGGAGCUGGACUUUGGGGAGACGGCUGUGCUGGACACCUUCUAUGAUGCAGAUGUAGCUGUGGUGGAUAUGAGUGACGUUGGAAGACAACCUUCUCUCUUCUAUCACCUUGGGGUUAGAGAAAGCUUUGACAUGGCAAAUAACGUUAUACUCUACCAUGACACAGACCCCGACACAUCUCUCUCUCUUAAGGAUAUGGUGUCACAGAAGAACACGGCUUCCAGCGGUAACUACUAUUUUAUUUCAUACAUUGCGACACCCUGCGGGGAUUACUUUUGUUGCGAGAGUGAUGCGCAGAGGAGAGCCUCAGAGUACAUGCAGCCAAACUGGGACAGCCUCUUGGGGCCAUUAUGCGUUCCCUUGGUGGACCGGUUCAUAAGCUUACUUAAGGACAUCCACGUAACAUCAUGUGCAUACUACAAGGAAACAUUACUCAAUGAUAUAAGGAAGGCCAGAGAGAAAUAUCAAGGAGAUGAACUGGCCAAAGAGCUGACUCGGAUAAAAUUACGCAUGGACAACACAGAGCUCCUUACAUCAGAUAUUGUAAUUAACCUGCUUCUUUCAUAUAGAGACAUUCAGGAUUAUGAUGCUAUGGUCAGACUCGUGGAAACCCUUGAGAUGCUUCCAACCUGUGAUUUAGCAGAUCAACACAACAUAAAGUUUCAUUAUGCAUUUGCCCUCAAUCGGAGAAAUAAUGCGGGUGACCGUGAAAAGGCUCUGCAUGUGAUGCUACAGGUAUUGCAGACGUGUGAUCAUCCAGCACCAGACAUGUUUUGCCUCUGUGGAAGGAUAUACAAAGACAUGUUCUUGGACUCUGAUUGCAAAGAUAUCCAAAGCAGGGGUAAUGCUAUUGAAUGGUAUUGGAAAGGCUUUGAACUACAGCCAUCUUUGUAUUCUGGAAUCAACCUUGCAGUCCUGCUUAUUGUGGCCGGCCAGCAGUUUGAAACUUCCAUAGAACUCCGAAAAAUAGGUGUACGACUGAAUAGCCUACUGGGAAGGAAAGGAAGCCUGGAGAAAAUGAACAAUUAUUGGGAUGUAGGUCAGUUCUUCAUUGUGAGCAUGCUGGCUAAUGAUAUUGGCAAGGCUGUCCAGGCAGCUGAACGACUCUUCAAGCUGAAACCUCCAGUCUGGUACUUGAGAUCAGUAGUUCAGAAUUUACUACUAAUACAGCGUUUUAGGAAGCUGAAUGCUGAACACUCUCCACGACAAGAGAGGCUCAAUUUCUGGAUGGACAUAAUUGUUGAGGCUACAAAAGAGUCCACAAACGGCUUACGAUUUCCGGUUCUUGUAUUAGAACCCACAAAGGUUUAUCAGCCCUCAUAUGUGUCGAUAAAUAAGGAGGCUGAUGAAAGGACAGUCUCACUUUGGCACGUGUCUCCUGUGGAAAUGAAAGGCAUCCAUGAAUGGAACUUCACAGCCUCCUCGAUAAGAGGCAUAAGUAUAUCCAAGUUUGAUGAACGCUGUUGCUUCUUAUACGUCCAUGAUAAUUCAGACGAUUUUCAGAUCUAUUUUUCUACAGAGGAUCAGUGCAAUAGGUUUUGCACUCUUGUCAAGGAGAUUAUCACAGAUGUUGUAGGCAGCACGGUGGAGCUGGAGGGAGAGGCAGAUGGAGAUACAUUAGAGUAUGAAUACGACUACGAUGAAAAUGGUGAUAGAGUCAUUCUGGGAAAAGGCACAUAUGGCGUGGUAUAUGCUGGCCGGGAUCUCAGCAAUCAGGUCCGCAUAGCAAUCAAGGAGAUACCAGAGAGAGACAGUAGAUAUUCCCAACCCCUACAUGAAGAGAUUGCUCUCCAUAAAUAUCUCAAGCACCGCAACAUAGUCCAGUAUCUAGGCUCAGUUUCAGAAGAUGGAUACAUUAAAAUCUUCAUGGAACAAGUGCCAGGAGGGAGUCUUUCAGUCCUCUUGAGGUCAAAAUGGGGUCCCAUGAAGGAGCCCACCAUAAAAUUUUAUACUAAGCAGAUCUUGGAAGGUUUGAAGUAUCUUCAUGAAAACCAGAUUGUACACAGAGAUAUCAAGGGAGAUAACGUGCUAGUGAACACAUACAGCGGAGUAGUCAAAAUCUCAGAUUUUGGGACGUCAAAGCGGCUUGCUGGUGUGAACCCAUGCACUGAAACAUUUACUGGCACUUUACAAUACAUGGCUCCAGAGAUUAUUGAUAAAGGGCCUAGAGGAUAUGGUGCCCCAGCUGAUAUCUGGUCCCUUGGCUGUACAAUUAUUGAAAUGGCAACUGGCAGACCUCCAUUCCAUGAGCUGGGUGAGCCACAAGCUGCGAUGUUUAAGGUGGGUAUGUUUAAAAUCCACCCAGAGUUACCGGAGUCACUGUCGGCAGAAGCUAGAUCGUUCAUUCUUCUUUGCUUUGAGCCUGACCCCGUGAAGCGUGCAACAGCUGCUGACCUGUUACGGGACUUCUUUUUGAAGCAAGUAAACAAGGGAAAGAAAAGCAAAAUUGCUUUUAAACCCUCGGUGUGUGGAGGAAAUUCAGCAUCACAAGAGUACAACCGCAGUGCAUCCCUCCCACUACCAGUGCCUGGAGAGUUGGCCGGCAGUAGCAGCAGUGAGCAUGGAUCUGUAUCUCCAGACUCAGAUGCAAAGCACGAGCUAUUCUUUGAAAGGGCCAAAAGAUCCAAUUCAGAAGUUCCAACAGGCAAGCCGCUCAUUUCAAAUUUGUUAAGUGUUCCAGAUGACAGCUCUGUAUCAGAAGACCGAAGCACUCCUCCAUCUCCAGAGGAGAGAGACUCCGGCCUGUUUCUCCUGAGAAAAGACAGUGAACGCCGGGCGAUACUGUAUAAAAUCCUCAAGGAGGAACAGAAUAAAGUGACAUCAAAUCUCCAAGAAUGUCUAAUUCAGACUUCAGAAGAUGUGCAGCUGUCAGUCACUCAUAUCAAACAAAUCAUCAACAUACUGAGGGACUUUAUUCGUUCCCCUGAGCACAGAGUCAUGGCCUCCACCAUAUCCAAGCUUAAAGUGGAUCUUGACUUUGAUAGCACAUCCAUCAACCAGAUUCAGCUCGUGCUAUUUGGAUUUCAGGAUGCGGUCAAUAAAGUAUUGAGGAACCAUUUGAUUCGGCCUCACUGGAUGUUUGCUAUGGAUAAUAUGAUUCGUCGGGCGGUUCAGGCAGCUGUCACCAUCCUUAUUCCUGAACUUAGAGCCCAUUUGGGCCCUGCUUCUGAAAGCGAAGGGGUUGAAAAAGAAGUUGAGGAUGAAGAUUAUCAACCGGUGCAGCAAAACAACGCUGAAGAAGUGGUAAUUACAUCUGGAGUCAGCACUCUCAGUUCGGUGGUUUCCCAUGACACACAAGGCCAGCAACUUAACCUGCAGCUUGGCAAACUCAGGCAAGAAACCAACAGAUUACUGGAAGAUCUACUGCAAAAGGAAAGAGAAUACCAUUACCUUUUAAAGCAAUGUUUGGAACAGAGAAACCAUGAAUUACACCUUCUUCCGAUAAAGGCCAACCCUAAUGAUGUUCCAAAAACUACCACAACUUACGUAUCUAUUGGAAAAGUCAGAGACCAAGAGCUCAUUGAUUGGUUGAGGCAACAAGGGGCAACAGAAGAUGUAAUGGAGCAGUUCAUUGAAGAAGAAUAUACUCUUCAAGAUGUCCUGAAUGAGAUCACCAAAGAUGAUCUAAGAAGCUUAAGACUCAGGGGUGGACAUCUUUGUAGAAUCUGGAGAGCGAUAUUAAAAUACAGGAAGUCCCAGAAAAACCUUGGCGUGGACAAUUGACCUUAGAAAUAGCUUGACAUGGUGGCAUUUGCAACAUGUACCAAAGCAUUCCAAACUUUAAAUUAUUUAAAUGUUGUAUAUCUCUGUAUAAAUAAAGACUUCUUUGUGUCUUUCUAAGCGUAGAUGUUUUAAAAAUGUUCUCUGCUAAAGCUGUCUGCUAAGUAGAGUUUUUUUUCUGUCAAGUAUUUUAGCUGCUAAUGUGAAAUGUAUGUGGAAGACAAAAGAUUUCAGAAAAUGAUAUUGAUGCAUUUUUUAACUGUUUAUUGAUUAAAGAACUGAUGUUGCUGAAAUACAAAAGUGAAAGUAGAUUAUGGUAGGACGCUGAAAAAAUAAAAUAUAGCACAUCUUAUGUUUUUUUUAUUAAAAAAUGUCAAAUAUCACUCGACAUAUAGUCCA